UUUCAUUUUUCUUCUUCCAGAAUACUGACAAACAGUUUGCAGUGGUGAAAUUCCUGAUCAGCAAUACAGUGGAUGCCGUUCCAACUAACUGGCUAGAGAAAACUAACAAGGCUUUGUUUUGCUACUGGCCACAGAAGAAUGUCACUGCCAAAGUCAAAAGGAGAGAGAUACCAGACACAACAUUGUGGGCCAGAUGGAAAGUUUCUGUUUUAACAUACACAGACACCUACGACAAGGCAAGAGAGAAAGUCAACCAAGCAACAAUGACUUCAAAUUUGGAGAGUGACCAGGAAGUGGAAACUGGCAGGAAGAUUAUUGCUCCUGUUCGGUACACCGACUCAGAUACAGAUAUAGAUGUGCCAGUGAGGAGAGUGAAAAAAACGAAAAAAAACUGCAUCAUCUGUCACGAAGGAUCAGACCCUCUCAUUGCAGAUGCCAACAAUGCCUUCCUUCACCCCAUCAAUGGAUUCAUUUUCAGCCAACCAGAGACAACCAGAAUAGCCCAAUGUUGCCCACAACAACCAGAAGUGUGGCAGUGACCCAGACCAGGGAUGUGUUACAGAGCAGUGGCAGUGGACAAGAUGAUUCUACCACACCAGCAUAUGCGAGGGCCAUCUUCAUGAGGCUGGACAAGAUUGAACAAUCUCUGGAGACCAUUAAGUCCAUUUUGACCAGAGACAUGAGAUCUGAUGACCCUGAGAUUGAAGUCUUUUCAAGACCACUAAAGACUCCAGCAGAACUGGAAGCUUUCCGAAAAAUUAAUGGACAGAUCUCACAGAAAGAAAGUGAGGCUUGCAGCAAGUCUUACCCAAAGAUCACGCUGAAGACAGUGGAAACCUGCAUAGCAGAUACGCUGAGAUAUGCUCCCCACAGAGGGACUCGGGGGGAAAGUAAUCACAGGAAAGAGGGAGAGAGAGGGGCAGACAUGCAGCACAUGGUCGGGAUCGGAGUCGAACCCUGGACCGCUGCAGGGGGACUCCAGCCUCCGGUGGGGUGCCGGUGUUUUAAUGACCAUAAUUACAUUGUGGAUGAAGCAGGACCAUCCAUGGCUGAGAGCAACGUUGCCGCAACUGAGGGGAGCAGAAGCCCCUCACUGUUUUCAGAGUCUGCAGACUCUGAAUAAACAUUAAGAACCACACACACACCAUCAUCGGAGUGUAUUUCUUUUCUUUAUAAAUUUAUUGAUUUGUUUUAAUGGCUUAAAUUAAGUGCAUUUGUUCAUUUGUUGCCCGACAGUUGUUUGUAGUUUUUGUAGUUGUGACACUUUAUGAAGAGGUUUUUGAAUAAAAAAAGGAAUUCUGUUGAAA